AGUCGGUUAUAAGUUAUAGUAGAGAGAAGGUCGUCGGCAUUAAAAAAACACUCGCAACAACUUCCCGCUAGUUCGCUAAUCUUAUCUUACGACAAAAAAAUCCAUUAUCACUUUUAUCUUAUUCAUUCUCAUCGACUCAAUUAUAUCACAAUAAUGUUAGAAAGUGAACUUGAAUGGUGUCGAUCUAAUUUAAAACAAAUAUAAAUAAAUUCUGUUGAGUAAUUUACAUUCAUGAAUGUUUAGAUCGGUAGCAGCACGUGUUUUGUUUUUUUGUGUUUUUGGACGACGUUCAGGAUGAAAUAUCUGGACACUUUUGUAAAUAAUUUUGUUUUUGUGAUAAUUCUGAUGUCGUGUGAAGGACAACAAGUAAAUAUAACUAAUGAUACACAGGUUAUGAUAAUUCCGCCGAUACCAAAAUGUUGUCCUAGUAAAUCGCAGAAAUUAAUGAAUAGACACUGCAUGGAAACGCAUCAGAACAUAUCGCUUACUCACUUUUUCUUCGAAAGUAAUAUAACUCAUAUUAAUUCUGACAAGCGGGAGGUAGAAUUUGAAUUCUAUCAUCGAAAAGUUCAAUGUCCGGCAGUUAUUUUUACAAGCGAGGAAAUAGUUGGAUUUAUAUAUAAUGCUUCCAUCAUAGAUAAUUCCAGUGAACCUGUACGUCUUAUUCCUUCUUCGGAUUAUUGCGUUGAUAGCUCCAAUGAAUCUUUAACAUUCGUUGUAUGUUACCCCGACGUCGACGUGUCAAAAGCACAAUUCUAUUUUCCAUGUUUAAUCUUGUCCACAGCGUGUUACUUCAUUUCUGCAGUGGUUUAUCAAUUUAUUCUUAAAGUGAAGGAUGUAUACAAGAAGUGUUUCAUUGGUUUUUGUAUAUCCAUGGGCGUAACAUUUUUUUGUUUAAUACUAUUUCAAUUCGUCAACACGAAUUGUGUUAUCCUAGGAUCUAUAUUCUUCCUGUUCAUUCUAGCUUCAUUUUUAUGGUUUUCUUGUUUGUGUCUCGAAGUGAUGUUCACUGUUAGAGAAUUUUCUUGUGAAGAUAUGUCUGAACGUAUUUAUUUAUAUAUCGCAACGUCAAUUGUGGUUCCUUGUUUAAUUCUUGUCAUAUCUAUAAUUCCAACUAGAAUCCCAGAUGUUCCGACUUCGUUCAUGAAAGAAGUAGAAAUGUGCAAAUUUAAAGGUGACAACACUCGAAUAGCGAUACUUUUUGUUCCUAUGGGACUUCUUUUGGCAACAUCCCUAGCGUCACUAAUUUAUACCUUCUAUUUGAUAGCAGUCAACUCGAAAAAAUACAAAUCCGACAUUGUUUGGUUAGAAAAGCGGAGUCAUUUCAAAUACAGAACUCGCUCAUGCUUUAUGAUAUGGUUAACAUCGGCCAUAUGGUUCAUAGAUGCUGUGCUUAAGAAUCACAAUCACGGCAACCCUUUAGUAUACGAAGUUAUCGAAGGAUUGCAAGGGAUUUUCGUCGUUGCUGUUUUUGUAACCAAUCGAUAUACUCGAAAAGAAAUUUAUCAAAGUUUAUGCGGAAAAGAAAAAAGGAAAACGGACUCCACUCGAUUCAAAAAUCUACUCGAAAAAUUCAAGACUGAUAAAAGUGGAGUUUCUACUUCCAACGCGACUGAAAUUGAAAACUGAGGAAUUUUACGUUCUAGAUAAAAUUCUAUAUUUUUUACUAAAUUAAUAAAAAUCAUAUUACGAAUUAACAAUUAAUAAUCUUGAAAUAUGGGUACAAUCAAUUCUAUAAUUUCAUUCAAAUAUUUUUUUAUUCGAAUGUUUCACAAAUCGACGUUUAUCUGUCGAAAUGUACGAUAAAACAAUCGAUUCGGGAGACUCACAGGAAACUUUGUAAACAAAAAUUUUGAGAAAGAAAUGAAAAAAUUGCAUUUGUGCAUUGGAAAAAUGGACCGAAUAUACGUAUCCUGGUGUUUUCGAGGUUACUGACCACGAAUAUCACCACUGCAAGGUACCUGGUGCCCAGAGAUAGCUGAUUUAUACGUCGUCUGCUAGAAUCCUUUGGAAGUUCUUUAUAAAAUUGGUCGAAUAUACAUAUCGUGAGUGUUUUCGAGGCUGCUGAACAUCGGCGAUGGCCUGUGAGGUACUUGGUGCCCGGGGUGGUUAAUUUAUAUAUCGUUUCCUGGAAAUUCAUUAUAAAUUUGACCAAAUAUAUACAUUCUGAUGGCUUUCUAGAUUGCUGAACACGACGGUAAUGACCUGCAAGGUAUCUGGGGCCCGGAUUGGUUGAUUUAUACAUAGUUUCCCAAAGCCCCGUGAAAAUUCGUUAUGAAAUUGGUCAAAUAUUUACAUCCUGGGGGUUUGCGAUAUCGCUAACACAAAUAUCAUGACAGAAAGAAUGUACGAGGUUCUCAAGAUUAAGGAUUACAAGUAUAACUCUGAGUGACUAGCUCAUUUUCCAUUAUAAAAAUUUAUUUUUUAUAAAGAAUAGUGAAAAAAUGAUUCAAUGAAUUUUAUUUUUUCUGCAUUAUAAUUCUCUUUCUUCAGUGUCAACAUUUGUACUCUUAUUGCCUGUACAAUUCUUGCAAGUGACACUGCAGUGUAAACAAUUCUUCUGCAUCCACUAUCGGUUUUGCAUCCGUAAAAUAUUAUAUUCAUGACGCUGGGUGGCCAGGCAAUUGUGUUAUUUCUAUUAGGACUGUUCUUUUCGUUUUCACCUCCAAUCAGUGACAUUCAUAUCGCGUCAAUCGCCGUAAAGCCACUUUCAAACUUGUAAAUUAACUCCUUUCAAGCUUAUUAAAACGACAUCGGUACCUUGCAGACCAUCGCCGUUAUGAUGUUCAUUUUCAGCGAUCUCCAAAAUCCUCGAGUAGUAUAAUUUAACUUAUUUCCGUUGAAAAAUUUUCAUUUUCAACCAUUUUUAAUGUUAGUGCUUGUAAAUUCCUGGAUUUUGCCCUUUUUGUGCUUUAUUUCUUCAACUAUGUUUAAAUUCUUUCGCAUCGAUCAUUUGAAAUGUGUUUAAAGGUUCAUGGUGCCGCUCGACUGAACGAGCCGAAUAUGAAAUUCAUCGUCAUAAGUUUGUAAAUAUUUUUUUUUUCAUACUGUACUGUAAAGCCGAAUUUACAGCACUUUACGGUAUCCUUGUACUUUAUAGUACUCUUAAAUUCUCCCAAUCCCGUUUGAAGUAAGAGAAUAAUCCAAGGGGCUAUUUUUUAGUAACAUUUGUCAUAUAUGACAUUUCAAAUUACGAUAUAUGUCCGUAAAAUUAUUAUUACUCGAUUAGAUAUUCUUGACUCGGUUCCUUCGUCGCCUCGUCCAUAAUCAUCUUUCUCGUACCAUAGUAAAUCACUUCCCGGACACUAUUCCAUUAGUAAGACGAUUACGUCCCGAGAUGAAAAAUUAUUAUAAUAGAUUAAAUUACAUAUAUUCAAACAAAGUAGGGAUCUAGAAGGUUUAAAACAAGCUGAGAUGCUUCUCAGAAAUUAUAAGCACAAGAAAUCUAUCUUUUCUUGGUUUAAGUAAAAAUAAACUCACUUAAUUAAGCCCUAGAAGGACCCUGCAUCAAAAUUGUUUAUUUAUUUUUUCAACGGAGCAAUCUAUAUCUUUUUUUCAAUUAAAAUUAUUGGUUUCAUCAACGGAGGUAGUUUCAGUACACGCGACAUUCCCGUUGAUAGUUAUUUGGAGUUUAGUGAUAUAAAUAAAUUGAUGAAGAUAUUAUUGCAGGCGUUUUUAUGAUAACUUAUAGAAACAUCGAAAUUAUGAGAAAUGUAAAUAACAAAAAAAGUUGAAGUGUGUGCUGACAGCCACUUGCCUUAAUGAAAUUCGACUUUCACACUUCUAAUUUAGCCUCUAGAUAUAUAGCUAGAACGGACACAUAAACAUCAAGAAUAAUAUAAUAUGGAAAAACAUCUUAUAAGCAUUUAAGAUCCAAAUUUAAUGAAAUCUACUUUUGUUAAUUGUUAAAUUUGGACAAUAAAUUACUCGAUUCAUAUUUUUAAAAACCUACGAUAAUUGUUUGUCUGCUAUAGUGAUGUAAUUGUAUCUAGUGUUGUGAAUGUUAAAGAAGAAAGUUUAAUAUCUUAUAUCAGUUUUUGUAAAUAUUCAAAUAAAAAAAUAUUUUGUGUGCAGAUGAGAUUGUAAGUUAUUUAAUCAAAAAAUAAAUAUUUAAUAAUAAUAAAUAAGUUGAGUUUACCCAAUAAACUAAAAAUGCCGUGAACGUUCAUUUUAAAGUAUUUGGCUCUCUUGAAACUGAAUUCUGAAUAUAAAAAAAAUGUAAUACCCACUUGGAAUAAUUAGUUUUUUGAGAAAGUAUUGGCAUCAAAUUCACAACGACGUAGAUAUGUAAACGAAGUGGUAUUAUUAUUUGUACCAAUAAUUUUAGUUGUACUAAUUUAUAUUUUAUACGUUUUGAUAUUUUUUAAUAUAUUUAUGUUUAACAAUAUAUGUAAGCAUGUUUAAAUUCAUAUGAUAAAUAAUAUACAAAUGAAAUGUAGUUGUUGCUAAUAAAUAUUUUUAAUUAGA